AUGUCGGAGGACGAGUCGCCGAGGAGCGACCCGCACUCCAGUGUUCCUGCCGCCCUUCUACCAUGGCAGAAGAAACCCCGUUUUAGUUGGACGCCGGCAUACGAGACCACCUUCUUCCAGUCCCUCUGCCAGUCCGUUCAGCUCGGCCUGCGCGAGAAUCAGAGCUUCAAGCAGGAGGCCUGGAACCGUGCUUUGGUGGCCUUGCGCGAACAAGGAGCCUAUCCCACCAAGCCCCAUCUCAUCAACAAGACCGAUAAUGCGCGCAAGAAGUUCCGCCUCUGGCGCGGCCUCGUCGAGAACCCCCAGUUCACGUACAACCCCGUGACCAAGACCAUUACCGGCAGCGAGGAAGCCUGGCAAGCCCAUCUCGAGAAAGAGCCUCUGGCGCGCGCAUUUCGAGAGCGGCCCUUUGACAACGCAGAAUACCUCGAGGUCCUGUUUCCCGACGUUGUCGGGUCCCGUGGGCAUCCGAAGCGUGUCACCCGUCCGCGGAGGAAGGGUCCUGACAGCCUGCCCGACAAUGAGGCAGCACCCGGCACCGGCAUCAUGCGACUGCAGAAUGGUCCCGGCAACGUGCACAUGAACCAGAACAUCCUUACGCCGACUGUGGGCUCGACUCCCAUCCCCGUCCCGUCCAACGUCCAGGUCCGCCAACAGGUUGCCGCGUCUACCGGAGCCGCUGUGCAGAUGCGGUCUGCGCAAGGCUCUGUCAGUGGCGGCGUGUCUGGCCCUACUUCUACGACUAUUCAACCGCCACCACCGCCGGGAACGACGCGUCAGCUUCCCGGAGGUGGCAGCGGUAUCGGCGGUGUUGGUGGUAUUGGCGGCGGCGGCACGAACCGCGUCGGCAAUGCUGUGUCAGCCUCGGCUCUAACGCCACCGGAGGAGGUCGGCACAGUGGGCCAACAGAAACGGUUUGCCCCGGGCACGGACGGAGCCCAGACGUUGUCCAAACGGCGACGGACCGAGGGCAGCAUCAACGCUGCGGGUAACAACAGCGCCGCUCACCGGAAUCGGAGCGAGACGUAUGCCAGCGCAGUCGGUGGCGGAGCCGGUGCUGGCGGUACCGGACCACUGUCUGUUGCAGCCGUAGCAGCUGGCGCAGCCGGCGCCGUGGCGAGAGCUGCUGGCGGUCAGGGGGUGGAUGCGGCACUCUCCGGCAUGCGCCAGGCGCAGCCCGGGGGCCUGUCUACGGCGGCAUCACGCAUCGACGGCAUCGCCGGCCUGCUGUCCGAUGUGCUGACCAAGUAUGCCUCGGCCACAUCGCUGGCAUCAACGACUCGGUGGCCCGAGCAGGCACUGGAGAUCUUCUUCCAGGAGUUUGCCGACGAAGACAUGGACUUGCAGCUGCGGAUAGCCGAGAAGAUCUUGACCGACACUAGCAAGGCCGUCAUGUUCUGCAAGAUGCCGUCGACCCUGCGCAAGCAUUGGGUCAAGCGUCUACGCGAGGUCAGCAACCGGCUCGGCAGCUGA